GUUGGACACAAUGGGUGUAGGAGGAGUUCUUGAACAAACAGACUUGCAGACACACAGACUCACUGACUCAGACGCAUAAAUCUCUAAUCUUCUAUAAUAUAUAAAGGAGAAUGUUUGUAUGUUCGUGCUUUAAUAACUUGGACACUAUAAGAGCUACUGCAACCAAACUUUGCAUGGGAUAACCUUUCAUCCAGAAGAAGGUUUUAAAGUACUGUGGGAAGGAAAAGACUGUGGGACUGUGGGACUGAUGCCUCUCCUCGGGGCUGCAUGGAGCAUGGCAGUGCAGGGAGAAGCGGCUUCCUGGGGGAAGCGGUGGGGACAGUCAUUCACUAAGGCCAGCGGAGGGACAAGGAAGUGGAGGGUGGGCUCGGGUGCCGGCAGCAGGCGCACAGCUCCCUUCCCCCUCCCUCCCCUCAGACUCCUCACCUCAGUUAUAUCAACUUUUCCGAGCAACACCGGGUAACUCCAGCUAGUGUGUAUAUAUAUAUAUUGAGAGAGAGAUACAAAAUGACAUAAAAGUUUAUUAUCUCACCUGGCUAAAGCACUAGUCUUUAUUAGCUGCUUUUGGAGGGUGGGAGAUAUGGGGUGCUGUUGUUUCCAGUGUUGGAAAUGAUACAGUAUUAUUGUUUCCUCCAUCCACUCUAAGGAGGAAUGAAAGAAUCCCAGGCUUGACUUAGAGACUGUAAUAUAAGGACCUAACUAAAAUAGGAUAGAGUCCCUUGCAGGAGUGGUAUUUUAAGAUGUUUUGCAUAUCUCCUCAUUUAUUGUGUUCUCUUCUGUGUUAGGGUGGCCAGGAGAAGAGUGGCUAGAGCUCCCUACUGCCAUGGGGGCACAGGACCGGCCUCAGUGUUUCUUUGACAUAGAAAUCAAUCGGGAACCAGAUACCAUAAUUCCUACAGCUGGAGUGCAGAUGGGUGUGGACAAUCCACUCUCCCCAAACACUGAUGAGGUCCAACAUGUCAACAUGGCUCCAAAUGGAGGAUCGCCUGUUGGUCGAAUUAUGUUUCAACUGUUCUCAGAUGUAUGUCCAAAGACUUGCAAAAACUUCCUUUGCUUAUGUUCAGGUGAAAAAGGAAUUGGAAAAACAACUGGAAAAAAGCUGUGUUACAAAGGCUCUACUUUCCAUCGUGUGGUUAAAAACUUCAUGAUUCAGGGUGGAGACUUCAGUGAAGGUAAUGGAAAAGGAGGUGAAUCUAUUUAUGGUGGAUAUUUUAAAGAUGAAAACUUUGUUCUCAAACAUGACAGAGCAUUCCUUUUAUCAAUGGCAAACCGAGGGAAACACACCAAUGGAUCCCAAUUUUUCAUAACAACAAAACCUGCUCCUCAUCUUGAUGGUGUACAUGUUGUCUUCGGAUUGGUUAUAUCUGGUUUUGAAGUAAUAGAACAAAUAGAAAAUCUGAAAACGGAUACAGCAAGUAGGCCAUAUGCAGAUGUGCGAGUUAUUGACUGUGGAGUGCUUGUUACAAAAUCAGCAAAAAAUGUUUUAGAGAAAAAGAGGAAAGUGUCUGCUCACUCCGAAGCAUCAGAUUCCUCCUCUAGUUCAUCAACCUCAUCAGAAUCCUCAUCUGAAAGUGAAAUUGAAAAUGAGAGAAGCAAAAGAAGAAAGCGCAAGAGAAGAACUAAAACCAAACAGUCGAGAAAGCGAAGAAGGGAAGAGAAGAAGAAAGAGGAGCCAAGGUGCAAACGGAUAUCAAACCAAAGAGGCAGCCAUUCUGACAAAAGUGAUGUAAAUGAGAAAAAGUCAGUUGACUUGAGCACAAAAAGGGACAAACCUGUAGUUCGACCUGAAGAAAUUCCCCCAGUGCCUGAAAAUAGAUUUUUGCUGAGAAGAGAUGUGCCAGUUGUCAGUAUAGAGCCUGAGCCGAUACUUCUUGAUUCUGCACCAGUUUUGACUGACCAGAAGCCAUCAGUCUCUAAAUCUGGAAGAAAAAUUAAAGGAAGAGGAACAAUACGAUACCACACACCACCUCGAUCACGAUCCUGUUCUGAAUCUGAUGAUGAUGAGAGCAGUGAAACCCCUCCUCAUUGGAAGGAGGAGAUGCAGAGGUUACGAACUUACAGACCACCCAGUGGAGAGAAGUGGAGUAAAGGAGAUAAGUUGAGUGACCCAUGUUCAAGUAGAUGGGAUGAAAGAAGUUUGUCCCAGCGAUCAAGAUCUUGGUCACAUAAUGGCUAUUCUGAUCUCAGUACACUGAGGUAUACCAGCCACCACAAAAAGCACCGAAAAGAGAAAAAGAAGACAAAACACAAAAAGAAAGCUAAAAAACAAAAGCAUUUCAAGAAGCAUAAACAAAUUAAAAAAAAGAGAACUUCGCCCUCAUCAGAGGUAGAAUCCUCUCGUUCUUCUACCAGGAGGACAAAGUCAUCUUGUGAUCAUGAAAGAAAGUCUCCUUCUUCCUCAUUAUCUUCUAGACGCUCAUCCAGAAGAGACUGGUCUAAAUCUGACAAAGAUGACCAGAGUUCGUCAACUCUGUCAAGCAGAGAUUCUCGAUCAUAUUACAGAUCCAGAGGUAGAUCAAGAUCUAGAUCAAGGUCUUAUUCCAGAAGAAGUUCUAGAUCAAGAACAGCAUCUAAGUUGUCGCGUUCUCGAAGCAGAUCAAGAUCUAGCUCUAACUCAAGGCACCACAGGACAGUUUCAAAUUCACCACGAAAUACUACUGCACAAUUAAAUGAAAAUAAGCUAAACAAGACUGAACCUGUAAAAGCCACAAUACCACAGAGUGAAAAAGUUGUAGUACAACCUAUUGUAGCUGAAAAUAUUCCGGUUAUACCCUUAAGUGACAGUCCUCCACCUUCCAGGUGGAAACCUGGACAAAAGCCCUGGAAGCCAUCCUAUGAGCGAAUUCAGGAAAUGAAAGCUAAAACAACACAUUUAGUGCCUACCGCAAGUAACUACAAUUUAGCAAAUAUUAAAGAGGUUAAUACUUCCUCCUCCUAUCGUAAGCGACAAAAGAGUUCAGAUAGUGAUCGAAGUGGUUAUUCAAAGUCUCAUAGUGAGAGAAGUUCAGAUAGUUGGCGACGAUCAAGGAGCAGGUCUUCUCGAAGCAGAUCUUACUCUAGAUCUUAUACAAGAUCAAGGAGUGCAUCUACCUCAAGAUCAAGAUCUCGGUCAACUGGCAGAUCUCAGUCACCAAAUAGAUACCGCAGUGACCAAUCAGAUUAUAGCGGGUCUUCAUCUUAUUACUCUCUUAGUGAUGAUGAUAGACAUGGAAGCAAAAAAAAAUCUGAAUCCAGUGAGCAAAAUAAUUUUCAGUCAUUGAAGAAAAGGCAAGAGAGUAGCUCUGAAAGAAGCAUGGUUGUCAGGAAGAGUAAAGCCUACGAAGAGUCUUCUCAAGGGCGAAAAGAGAGUGAGAGUAGAUCAUCUUUAGACUUUUCUACAGAUAGUGAGCAUUCUGUUAAAAUACAGCCUGUCCAGGAAAAAGAAGAACUUUCUCAACCAGAAGGAGACAACCAGAAAGAGACUAAAAACAAUUUGACUAUUGACAGAAGUGAGGACAAAACCAAGUCUGAAAGGGACAAUGAUCAUUCAAAAAAGAAAAUGUUGCAGGAGAAAACUUCUGAACAGCCUAGAAGUGGUGUAAAGACAAAAAGAAAGACUUAUUCAGGCAGUAAAUGGGACUCAGAAUCAAAUUCGGAAAGAGGAGAGACUAGAAAUGGUAGAGAAGAUUCUAGGCCCUCAUCCAGUAAAGAGGAAGGUGAGGCCACAUCAGGAUCUGAUACAGAGCUCAGUCUUACCAAAAGCAGGGUGAAAAUGAAAUCAAAUUCUUCAGAAGGUUUGUUGGAUUCUUCUGAUCAUACUUGGAAGACAAACAAGCAACAGUCCUCCUCUUCUGCAUCUGAAAAUUCCCACUCCAGUUUGGCAAAUAUUAAAGGAAAGCCAAAAAACCAUAAACAUGGUUCCAAAAAGAACCUCAAAAAGUCACAUUCCAAAAAAGCCAAAGAGAAAUCAAAGGACAAAAAAGAGAAGAAGCAUAAAGUUCAGAAACAAAAAGAGCUGUUUCACUGGCAGCCCCCACUGGAGUAUGGGGAGGAGGAAGAGGAGGAUAUGAAUGAAAAGCCCGUUACAAAAGAUAAUAAAAAACAAAAGCAACUUACCAGGGAUAGUGAAGAUAAAAACCAAGAAGCUCAUGAAAACAAGAAAGUGUACAAAGAUAAAACUGGAAAUGCUAAAAAGUCGGGUGAAGAUGAAAGUCUCUUGAAAAAGAGCACUACAUGCAAUACAUCAUCAGAUCAUAGUCACCUUAAUAAAGACAACAGUGAUCACAACUACUCAGCCAGUACAUUAUAUCCAGAAAUAAAUUUAGCUACUUCAAAGAAAGGUGUUAAACAUAUUGAAGAAAGUAAACAAAAUGGAUCAGAGGAUGUUAUGCAGACAGAUGACAACAUGGAGAUUUGUACUCCGGAUCGUAACUCCCCGGGGAAGGUUAUUGUGGACAUUUUGUCUCCUGUCAUCCAGAGUGCUAAAUCUCAGUCUUUAAAUGUUAGUGUAAACAAAGAUUUACCAAAUGAGAGUCCUGGUCCAGACACAGCCAAACAAGGAAACAGUAAUAAAGACUUGAUAAAUGUUAAAGAAGUAAAAAAAGUAGGAAUACAAGACAGUAGCUCCAUCACCAUGGUUGUUACUGUGGAAAACUCUUUGAAAACUGAAAUAACAGAAAAUAUACAAAGCAAUAUGAUAGAUAAUAAAUGGAAACCUUUACAGGGUGUAGGAAAUCUACAGUCUGCUACUACUAGUACUGCUGCAGAAGUCACAAACAGUACUUCAGCACCUGACUCUAAACCACAAGGUUUAAGAAUAGAAAUAAAAAGUAAAAAUAAAGUCAGGCCAGGAUCUCUUUUUGAUGAAGUUAGAAAGACAGCACGGUUAAAUCGAAGACCAAGGAACCAAGAGACUUCAAGUGAUGAACAGUCUCCUUUAAGUAGAGAUGACCACAGCCAGUCCAGGAGUCUAAGUAGGUCACGAAGUAAAUCUGAAUCUAAAUCCAGACAUAGAACAAGAUCACUAUCCUAUAGUCAUUCAAGAAGUCGAUCACGAAGUUCCACUUACUCAUACAGAUCAAGAAGCUAUACAAGAAGCCGAAGCAGAGGAUGGUAUAGUAGAGAUCGGUCAAGAAGUCGAAGUAGAUCUUAUCACAGUUACAAGAGUCAUAGUCGAACCUAUAGUAGAAGUCGAUCCAGAAGCAGUUCAUAUGAUCAUCACAGUCGAUCUAGUAGGUCAUAUACUUAUGAUAGUUACUAUAGCAGAAGUCGUAGUCGAAGUAGAAGUCCGAGGAGUGACAGCUACCGCAGAUCUCGAAGUUAUGACAGACGGUCCAGAUCUUACGGCUCUGACAGUGAAAGUGAUCGCAGUUAUUCUAACAACCGAAGCCCCAGUGAAAGCAGCAGAUAUAGCUGAAAAUGUCUCUUCAGCAAUGUUGAUUAAUGUUUAGUAAUUCUAUGUAAAUGUUGUAAAAUACCUUUAGUCUAUGAGUAUCACAAGUUACAUUUUUCACUGACUGAGGUGAAAAUUUGCGUAUUAGAGAUGGAUUCAUUACACUGACUGCAUAUACACAAAUAGACAUUUUGAGCGCAACUCAAAAUGGGGGUUUUUCCUUAUGCCAGUGCUACGGUAACCAACUAUGAAGACUAACUUUAUUUGAAUCAAAUUUUCCAAGCCAUGGAAUUAUAUUUCUGUAAAUAUGCUGGUAUUCCUUUUCAGUGUGCAACAAUCUGUACUGUCUCAAAGUAGCCCUAUAAAUAUUGCAGGGCUCUUUGCCCGUUAUUUUGAAAUAAAUGCUGAUAAUUGUAAAACUUUGAAGAAAAAUAUUUGUAAAGGCUGCCAUUUGUAUAUUUUGUUAAAAUGCUUAUUUUUAAAUGCUGGAGAUCAACUCAAUGGUGUCUUGUACAUACUUAAACGUAGCAGUAGCAAGUUGAUGAAAACAGACUGCCAUUCUGUCUUAAUGCUCAUCCCAUUGUACCUCGAUAUUACAGAGGUAUGAGGAAAAGGGUGAGAUAUUGUGCACCAUUUAGAUUGUAAUACUUAGGUACAAUGUGCAAAGAAAAGGGGGAUGAAACAGAAUUGAUUCUUAAUAUGCGACUUGUCUAAAAACGUGAAUGUUCUAAGUGAUUUUCUUUGUGAUAAUUAGCACAAUGUUUUAAGACUUCAGAAAAAAUUGCUUCUAGGAAGUCCUACUUCAAUUCGUGCUGCUGAGCGUGCCACGUCAGUUCAUCUUUGAAGCUGAACAUUAUAAAUCUUUGAAUAACAUUAUCAGUCCAUGAAAAUAGACAUGAAAAGUAGUUUUGUCAGAAUAAAUCAUAAUGGCCCUUUUCAAAAUGUUCGUAAGUGAAACCUUAUUAUCUAGGUUAGAAUGUACGCUUCUGCCAUAGAAAAAUAUUGUGCAGUUUGUUUAUUAAUCUGUUAUAUGGCUUUGCUAUACAAAAGUGAUAUGCUUAAUACAAAAUAUCUACUGUACUUUACUUUGGAAAUUUAAUACCAAAAGUGAGUCCAGAUUAUGGAUAAAUGGUUUGCAAAAUUUGAGGAAUGUUGAAUAACUUCUUGCAAAACUAUGGUUCAACUGAUUUAAAUGUACUUGUAAAUACAUUUUCCAUUGUUUAAGGAUUUGUAUACUGGGAAAUGAUUUUUUUAUUUAAACAGCAGUAAUUCCUAAAAUCUGCAUUUAUAAUGGAAAAGCUGACUAAUAUAGCUUUAUCAGUGCUAAUGAGUACUGCAAUGUAAAAUAAUAGCUUGCUUUACUAAUGUUCUGUACUAUUUUGAGAUUGUUUACUUUUCUCAAAUGUUUUGCAAUAGUGAGAAUUAUUUUUUAUCUCAUCAAGAGCUUUGAAAUGUGAAAGUUGUCAGGUUUUUUUGUUAAUUCAGUCAUUUUUGAUAGUAUUAAAUUACUAAGAUUAGCCUUUAGGUUCUCACCUGAAACAUGCAGAAGAAAUUCAAAUAGACGGUUAAAAAUGUCACACUCCACUUACUCUAUGUGCAUAGAUAACAGGGUGUGUUUAGUUUGCAAGAUCCUUGGAUAACUAGAACUGAGCUAAUAGAUGUAUGAAUAUCCAGCUUUCAAACACAGAUUCAAAUUGGGCUCUUAAUUCCAAAAGUUAGGAUCACACCCUUCUGACACUUUGGGUAGCUUAAAAAAACACCCACAAUCUUUUAAAUCCAUACAUUGUAAGUUUUUGAAAUAUAUUCAACUGAAGCUAUAAAAAGUUGUGUUCUAGCAGGUCAUGUGUGUUAACAGAACUUUUUCUAAUUAAGUUGCAACCUGCUAAUCAGAAUCAUGAAUGAAUAUGUCAUGGCUAACUCAAAACAGCAACGUUAUUUGAUGCAGAUCCAUAAUUUUAAACGGAUUAUUUCAUAUUAAAUUUUCACUAUUUUGAGUGCUACACAUGACAUAAGGCAUCCAGAAUCUUAAACACUGCCAUAUUACAUACGAUAAAAACAAAAAAUUCACCCAGUCUAUAACUUUGUCAUGUUUCAGGCGAGAGUUGACUUUUUAAAGCUAGAAAAAUGGGGUGCAAUAGAAAUACUGUCAACUAGUAAUUAUACCAAUCCAAAGCAUACUGUUAGAAUGUUCUAUUUUUAUGGUUCACAUCAGCAAUUAUUAGCUUUAUAAAGGGAGUCACUCUGUAUUUUAGGAGUUUUAUUUUAAAUACUGUAUUACAUUUAAUUGUCCUAAUAGAACAUGCACUACUGAGCAUUUUUAUAAUCUGUUUACUUACAGCAAAUUUGUUAUUCAGAAGUAGGUGGUGGUUAAAAAUAUCAGUGAAAUUUUUGUACAUAUCUACAAACUCUGAUUUCUUUACUUUUGAAAAAAAAUCCCUUAUUCCUUAUGAGGGGAACUUAAUGAAAUUAAAAAUAUACUUCAAGUUCUA